GCGUGAGUAGAAGACGGAGAAGACUGAUAAGUUCCAGUUUGUCUCCGGAAUGCAGCAGAUCUUCAGCUCCUCUUCCAUUUCAUGUUCUUUUUUUUUCUUUUUUUUUUGCUUUUGCACAGUUGCGAAAAAAAAAAUUCCUUCUCGAAUUUGAUUCCAGUCUUCUCAGUUCUCAAUCCAUGUCCUCCCAUCUUCCCUUUCCUUUUUUUCUUUUCUUUUCUUUUUCUGUUUUUCCAAAAUUCAUAAAAAUCAAUUUAGAGGAGAUGUAAUGAUGCAGGAGUCCAGGUUGUCAAGAUCUCUCUUCUCAACCUAAUCAGAUAUUGUAACUAUUUUUGGUGAUUCCGUAUUGGAUUCUGAUACACUCGUAAAGUUUUGGUAACUAGGGAUAGAUGGAGGAAAGGUGAAGAAAAUAAUUUCUUAGAUUACGAAACCAACCGUAGAUAUUGAGAAAUUUAAUGGCUCCUACCUCAUGUAUGAGGCUUCACGGAUUCCCUAAGCUGAGAGCAAUCAGCAAGAAGGACAGCCCUAAAGAAUGGAGGAUUCAUGUUUCAGAUGUUCGGAAACAAGCGGCGCAUACUAAUCUUUGGGCUUCUGUGCCCCUCGUCAGUUUCCCGCUCUCUUUUCCCCUCUAGCCAGAAAUAGUAAGUAAUGAGAACAUAGAAUCUCUAGUAGAUUUUUGCUGGAUACUCUCCUGCCAUGGCCGCUUCUUCCCCUUUUUUCUUCUCCUUCCCCCGACCUCUCUUUCCCACCACCGCACCUACUUCAUGGACCGCUCGGCGCACAAUCCUUGCGCUCCAUCAGUCUCCCACUCGGCCAUCCAGUCUCCACCGCCGUCAUUACUCCGUGAAUCCCCCCUAUCCGACACCCCGCCUCCUGCCCAAUUAGGAAAUCCCCCACAACCCCUGUAUUCACUUUCUUUGAGUCCUUUUGCCGAGGGGCUUCCGUGCAGUUUGCCAAUCGACUCUGAUGGGAUCCCCUCCGACGAAGCCUUGGAUGAGGAUGUUGCUGAUGAGGAGCUUGACCCCUUAUCCAGCUCUGCUAGAGUCAGGAGUUGCGAUGUGUACCUUGGCUUCACCGAUCGGAGGGCAUCGAUCCUUCGCCUUGUGAAGUGGCUCCGUGCCGAGUUGGAGAUGCAAGGGAUGAUGUGCUUCGUCUCGGACCGGUGCAGAUGCAAGGAUGCGUAUGCUCAUAGCAUUGCUCGAGAGGCGAUGGAGGCGGCCUCCUUUGGAGUGGUGGUCAUCACCCACAAGUCCUUGUCGAAUGCUUAUAGCAUGGAGGAGAUGGCAAUUUUCUUAGAAAGAAAGAGGCUGGUGCCGAUCUUCUUUGGGCUUUCUCAAGGUGACUGCAUCGCAAUGGAUAUAGUUCAGAGGAGGGGAGAGCUGUGGGAGAGGUUUGGUGGUGAUCUUUGGACAGCAUAUGGUGGCUUGGAGAAAGAAUGGAAAGAGGUGGUGAAUAAACUUUCUCGGGCAGAGCCAAAGUGGGAAGUGAAUGCAGGCAACUAUAGGGACAGUAUCAUGGAUGUGCUUCUGCUUCUAGGAAAGGGAUUGAGAAGGAGGUCUGUGAUAGAGAAGGUCGACAGAUGGAAGGACUCGGUAGCCAAGGAACUCCCUAUAUCUCGGAAUCUUCAUUUCGUCGGAAGAAAGAAAGAGCUGAUGGAACUUGAGAUGCUGUUGUUCGGAGAUGUCGAAGGCGAGCAUCACGAUGAUUAUAUCGAGAUAAGUACUCGCAAAAGGCAUAGAAGGAAGAUGACAGGGGGAAAUAGUAGAAGAGAUAGAAUAGCAAAAGCGAAUGAGGAGAGGAGGAGCAAGGGUAAGGAAACAGUGGUGUGGAAAGAAAAUAAGAAUGAUAUAGAAAUGGAGGGCAUUGAGAGUGGGGAGAGACCUUUGAGGCUUGGAAAAAAGAGUAGUGCAACGGACUUGUUGUUUGGCAAGGGUGUUGCAUGUGUAUCUGGUGACUCAGGUGUCGGGAAGACUGAGCUGUUGCUCGAGUUUGCAUAUAGGUUCUCUCAGAGAUACAAAAUGGUAUUAUGGGUAGGUGGAGAAGCAAGAUAUCUCCGCCAGAACUUUAUGAAAUUACUGCCUCUGCUUGGAGUCGAUGUCGACAUGGACAAUGAGCUUUCUCCGGAAAGAAACGAACCAAAGAGCUUUGAGGAUAUGGAAGAGGAAGCUAUCCGCAAAGUGCAUAAAGAGCUCAUGAGAGACAUACCUUUCCUUCUAGUGAUUGAUAACUUGGAACGCGAGAACGACUGGUGGGAUGGGAGGAAUGUGAUGGAGCUUCUCCCUCGUUUCAGUGGGCAAACCCAUGUUUUAAUCAGCACCAGGCUGCCUCAGAUACUAAACAUCAAGCCUCUGAGGCUGCUAUGCUUGUCUGGUUCAGAUUCAAUGUCUCUAAUGAAGGGAAGCUCGAGGGACCUUAAAACUGAAGAAGCUGAUGCUCUGAGGAUCAUUGAAGAGAAACUGGGUAGACUACCUCUAGGUCUCUCCCUAGUUGGGGCAAUCCUUUCCGAGCUCCCGAUCGCUCCAUCCAAACUAUUAGACUCAAUAAAUAGAAUACCAUUCAGUGAACAUACAUGGAGUGGAGAUGAUCUUAUUCUGAGACGCAACCCUUUCCUUGUCCAACUUUUAGAUGUUUGCUUUGCCACGUUGGAUCAAGCAGAGAUGCCUAACAAAUUGGCAACAAAGAUGGUGCAGGCCAGUUACUGGUUUGCCCCUUCGGUGAUCCCAAUUCCCCUGUUGGCUCGUGCUGCACGCGAGACACGCAGAGCGCAUCGUGGCAGCCAGUUUUGGAGGAGAUGCCUACAUUUGAUCUCUUGCACAUGGAUGAUUUCAAAGGCACCAAACUCAAAGGCUGAUGCCUCAUCUGUGCUGGUUAGAUUUCGGCUAGCAAGGAGUACCAAAAAUGGUUAUAUCUCUUUCCAUGACAUUAUUAAGCUUUAUGCCCAUAAGAAAGGUGAUGUUCGAAUUGCUAGAUCUGUGAUCCGGGCAAUCCGCACUGAAGGUUCUCUCCUGCAGCACUCAGAUCAUAUUUGGGCAGCAUGCUUACUGCUAUUCAAAUUUGGCAGAGAUCCAGUGGCUGUCAAUCUUUCAACUCGUGAUCUGUUAUCGUUUAUCAAACAGUUUGUUCUUCCCCUUGCCUACCACAAUUUUACGAGAUAUUCAUGGUGCAGUGCUGUUAUGGAGCUUCUGCGCCUGUGCACUGAAACACUGGAAUCUCUGGAAAACUCUUUCCUCAAUGAAGUCAACAAUACUCGAAAUAAUUCUUCAUCCAUGAGGAGACCUAAGGGUCAAUCAUCUGUACAGUCAGAUCCACAACUUUAUCAGGAUCUUGCACAUCUGAGGGCAAUGCUUUUGGAGACAAGAGCAAAGUUUAUGCUAAAAGGUGGGCAAUAUGACCUAGGGGAGCAGCUUUGCAGGACUGCUGUUAGCAUCAAAGAGGUUAUAUACGGCUGGGACCAUCCAGAGACACAGGCUACUUGCGAAACAUUGGAGCGGCUCAUGAGGUUUCAAUCAAACUUCAUGAUUUCUUAACAAUGAUAAUUCUUCUGGCUUGAUGCAGUACUCUAACAUACAUUAUUUGAUCUUUAAUGAGACUCUGUGAUUUGACAGCCUCAUUCUUAUAUGUCAAAAAGGAGAUUUGAAGUUCCCCUAUGGUAAAUUGGAGAUUUGUUCAUAUGUUUGUUCUGAUUUUACCUGUUCUGUAGUUAUA